AGCAGUUGUUUCCAAACAGCCUUAAAUACAUACCCCAAUCUCCCUCACAACACUCCCAAACUUUCAUUCAUUCAUUCAUACAAUCAAUCGAUUUCAUUUCCAAUUUGUGAUUAAAGAUUACUCUACAUUCAGAUUUGGUUAUAAAAGAUUCAAGAAACAUGAAUUCCAAUAAAGGGUCUGUUCGAAUGCGGAAAUCGAAAGAAACCAUGAACAACAAAUCAACGAUCAAGAACCAAAAGAAGAUCGAAACAGAGACUCAAAACACGUACCCAUUAUUGAGUUUUGAAGAAUUACCAGAAUACAUGAAGGAUAAUGAGUUUAUUUUGGAUCAUUACAGAGUUAAUUGGCCCUUAAAGCAAGCAUUUUUCAGCUUGUUUCAUUGGCAUAAUGAAACCCUAAAUGUUUGGACACACUUGAUUGGAUUCUUUGUCUUUGUGGGUCUAACAAUUGGAAACAUGAUGCAAGUCCCUGAAGUUUUGGAUUUCCUCAAUGUUUUAACAUGGUCUGUCCCGUUAAAUCCAGGCGCAAACGCUUCAAAUGUUUCAAUGAUGGACACACCAAAACUCAUAGACUUGAAGCACAUACCAUCACAAGAUAUGGACAUACCGCCGCUACUAAUGGCGGAAACACGGUGGCCGUUUUUCGUAUUCUUAGCCGGAGCAAUGUUCUGCCUCCUCUCCAGCAGCACCUGCCACCUCUUCGGCUGCCACUCGCACCGCUUAAGCCUUCAACUCCUCCAACUCGAUUACGUCGGCAUCACCAUCAUGAUCAUCACCUCGUUCUUCCCGCCAAUCUACUACAUAUUCCAAUGCAGUCCUCUCUGGCAGUUCAUCUACCUCGGCGGUGUCACCACCAUGGGUGUUUUUACCAUUAUAACCCUACUAUCGCCCGCACUCUCUAGUGGAAAGUUUCGCUCUUUUCGUGCUUUUUUGUUCAUGGCAAUGGGCCUUUUUGGGUUGAUACCUUCGGUCCAUGCUGUCUACUUGAACUGGAAUGAACCACAAAGAAACACCAUGUUGGCGUAUGAGUUGGUUAUGGCGCUUUCUUAUUUGAUUGGUACUAUGUUCUAUGUUACACGAAUCCCAGAACGGUGGAGACCCGGUUGGUUUGAUUUGGCGGGUCAUAGCCAUCAAAUCUUUCAUUGUUUCGUGAUUAUGGGUGCGUUGGCUCAUUAUGGUGCGGCUUUGGUGUUUCUCGAGUCUUGGGGUCGAGCUAGCUGUUAGUAGUAUCAGUUAUUAUUGGCAAUCAUUUAACUAAUGUUUUAGAACAUGUGGAUCAUACACAUCUGCAUGUUUUAAAACAUUAGUUGGAGGUUGUAAAUAUGGUUAAUAUGUUUUGUUCUCUUCAGUAUUGUUUAUGUUAUCAUAUUGUUGUACCAUCAGAAGGCAUGGCAUGUAUAAGUAAGUUGUAGCAAAUUUAAUACAGAUUAUUUCAUUUAUUUAUA